GGGGGUAGGAGUUAUUGACGGAUCGGCUCGGGUCGGCAUCUUGAUCUGAACGGACAGUUCGUGCUAAAGCGGAAAUAUUACGUCACCUCCGAUUUGUGCGGGUCCUUGAAGUCGCCAUGAGUCGGGCUUGGUCGGUGCUCGGAACCCAGGGGUGGCGGUCUUUCACACUGGCAUCAAGAUGGACAAGAGGAUGGUCUGUUGCUUCCAACAAGGAUUAUAGUACAAAACCUGAGAACCCUUUACGCCCCAUCAGCAGGUACCCUGUUCCAUAUAAAAAGGACCUGCCAUAUGAUAUUGUUGAACUGAUGGAAGAGGUGGAAACCAAGGUUGGAUUUUUGCCAAAUAUAUUUAAAGCACUUUCCUUUCGGCCUGUGGAAUUCAGGGCAUUCUUUGCCUACUACAAUGCUAUAAUGAACAAAGAAACAGGAAAUCUCAGCAAAGCAGAUCGGGAGCUUAUUAUUGUGGCGACAAGUGCAAAUAACUUUUGCCCCUACUGCGUGAUAGCACACUGUGCCCUACAUCGCCUUUAUUCAAAAAAUCCCACUCUGGCAGAUCAGGUCGUUGUGAACAGGCAGUUGGCUGAUCUGGACGAUCGACAGCGGGCCAUGUUGGAUUUUGCCCUUGUCGUGAGCAAAGCUGAAAACAUCAGUGAAGACCACCUCAAAAACUUGGAGAAGCAUGGAUUUGAUAAAGAGGAUGUCUGGGAUAUCGGCACCAUAGCGGCAUUCUUUGCAAUGUCUAACCGCCUGGCUCAUCUCAUUGACCUGCGUCCAAAUGAAGAAUUUUAUACAUUGGGAAGAUUGCUUAAGGACAAAGGAAAAAAGGAGGGUUAAGAGAACUGGUUUUGAGGUCUUUGAUUUCAACCAGAUGCUUAUUUUGAUAAUAGCUCAGUAUGUUUAAUGAUGAGAAUGUUUUGGAAUCCUUAGCUUUGAGUCUUGCAAAAUGCAACGUGAAAACUAGAAGGGAAAAGGAUGAUUGCUGUGCAAAUCUGCAAUUAAUCCAGAUCCAGGAUGCCAAAUGCAGUUUGUAAAUGUAGAAACAUAACCAUUUGCAUUUAUUGUCAGAGUACCAAGUUGGGUGAUGGGAUUGCACUCUCUUCUGUAUCAUAGACUAGUGUGCAAAUUAUAUCAGUUCUCUAUGUCUAGAAACCUCCAAGUUCUAAAAGAUAAUUUCUAGAAUAUUACAGUGAAUCAAGGUGAAUCAAACUAAUCCAAGAGUUAACUGUGUCCUUCGUAUUAUGGGUAUGAAUGGAUAAAUAUUAAACCUUGUUGGUUCCUGUUUGGGGGUUUUUGGAAAAUUAAGCUAACCAGAGUACAAUUUUGGUUUGUUGAAUUUCAGAGAUAUUCCAUUUAAAUGGAAUUUUAGUACAACAGAUUUGAUCUUAAAUACAAAAAAAAAACAGCUAAAGAGGAAGUCUGAUUCUUUUGAUUGAAAAGAAUCUCCUGAAAUGGAAGAGAGAGUGAGAAAUGAUGACACGAGACUCUGCAGAUUCUGGUAAUCUUGAGCAACACUCAAGUGUCUGAAACAUUGACUCUAUUCAUUUCCAUGGGUGCUGCCUGACCUGCUGAGUUCCUUCUAAGUAUAGUACUUAGACUUUGUGUAAAUAGUAAAAAUAAAAUCACCCUGAAUGUAAGGAAGGGCUUGAGAAACAUUGGCUUUUUUUGAAGACUAUGAAAUGUUUGGAUAGUGAACAGCAAGCGGUUUUCUGUGAAUUAAUAAUUUACUCAGAUCAAGAUAUUAUCAAAGAAAAAGAGAAAAUUCCUUUUUUUUGGACAAAAGUAGCUACUUGUAAGAAUGACAUCACAGUAAUACACAACAGAAACACACCCUUCAACCCACAACUCUAUGUUGAUCACAUCAUCUUCACUGUGUUCAGCUGAUAACUCUCCAAAACCCUUCCGUCCAUGUAUCUAUCCAAAUGACUCUUAAAUGGUACCCACCUCAACCACUUUCUCUGGCAGCUCAUGCCAGCUACUCAGUAUGCUCUGUGUAAAGAAAUUCCCUCUCUGGCCUCUCUGUUAGAUCUAUCCCCUUUUUAUCUGUGCCCUCUGGUUUUGGAUUUCCCAACCCUGGGGAAAAGACUUUGAGAAAAUCGAUAUAACACAUGAAGGAGAAGAGAUUUUAAAAUGGGAUUGAAAUCAAAAGUGGACCUGGAGCAACUUCUUAAGCCCAUCACCCUUGAAGGGGAUAGACCGCUGAGAGCAGCUCACCAGAGUCUUCUGUCCUUGGCGAGUCUUUAGGUAUUUUAAGGUAUAGCCCACUGGAGACCCUUCCUCUCACACGGAUGGGGUCUUUGGAGCUUCUGUUGGCUGGGUUUUUAUGGGAAGGGGUUGCCAGCCCAUGCCUAACCCUCCUUUCACAGCCAGGCUUGGGAUUGUCCAUGGUGGAAUAGGUGUCAGUUAAUUAGGAAGCUUUUGCAAUUGAAUUUAAAACAUCAAUUUUAACAAAACUCAAACAUGUUGACACCAUAAAUCAGUUUACUUCUGAUUUUAAUUCUAAGUGUGGAAUAAGUAAAAGGAAACCAAUGGAAUGGCAACCUGAAUUGACACAGUUUGAAUCAGCAGCUUAUGAAUGCAAUGCAAUUCAUUGUUUAUCUUCUGUAUUUUUAUUCAGAAAAUAUAAUUUUUGGUGAAAAACAAGAGGGCAAAUCAAUUAGAAACCACAUUCAGCAAAGGAAAACAGUCUGUGCUGCUUAUGUCGUGCGUUCCUUCUCAGGAUAUUUUCUUAUGGUUAAACUGGUCUCAAUGGAAGAGAAAGUGUUUCAGAAACAAAUAAAUAAACUUUUCUCUGGCUUCCAGAA